GUUACAAAUAAUUUGUGGCAAUAACAGUACAGCCUACGUUGGCAACAAAAUACUGACGCACUGAUAAUAUCAUGGACGCAGCCUAUGGGAUCUUAUUCUUGGCAUGUACAUGUGCCAUUGUUACAGCGACAGAUCUCUCCUUCGACUACGCUUCAUUUCGUAGUAAAUAUGACAUUUCGACCAGAGUUCGACGAGAGUCUCCUAAUGAUACACUUCAUUUCCUUGAGCCUUGCUGUUCCUACAAAACCGUUUACACUGAAGAAGACGAUAGAAUUUUCCAAGAAUGUUUCACUGAAGUUGAAAAUAAAUAUCAGUUGAAUAUUUCAUAUGACGAAGAACCAGAGACUACUACAGAUAACGGGAGAGAAAUUUUUACUGAACAAGAAAUGAAUAUCUUCAGAAACAGAUCACUGUGUUAUCCUCAGUGCUAUCUACAAAAGGCGAAUGCGGCAGAUUCUGAAGGCAAUAUUAUUGCUGCCGAAGCCAUUAAAUUAAUGAAAUCAGCGAUUCCUUUCACCGACGAGAAGUUCUGGACUGCAGUGGAGAGAAUAUGCACGAAAGUACCACCAAAUCCAGACAAGUUCCAUAUUUGUAAGGAAGAUGCUAUGAAUUUCAAAUUUUGUGUAUCUUACAUGGCUGACAUGCAUUGUCCAGAGAAUCUGCAACGAAAGAGUAAAGCAUGUGACGACUAUAGACUGGAACUCAAGAAAAGGUACGGUGAGAAUUAAUAACAACAUCCAGUGGUUUUACAUCAGCAUUAGUAGUGCAAUACAUUCUGUAUAUAAUGGCGCUAUCUAUAGCACUGGCUGUAAAUAUCAGUCUAUUUUUCUGUGAGAGAAACUAUGUAUAGUGCAAUGUUCCUCAGGUGCAAAACUAUGCUUAUGUCAGUCUGAUGUCCGUUUAGUUAACAAACUACGAUGUAUCAGUUGCAGAAGGUCUAGAGUGAGAUGAAUUUAAAUGUUACAGUAAUGCUGUAAUGGGCAUUAGACAAAUAUAUCUUAAUAAAACAAUAAAUAAAUUUA